AUGGUCAAGAAGAUCUACGUCACGUACAACGAUGUGCACAAGCUGUGCAAGGAGUCGGCUGAGAAGCUGCUCGCCGACUUCCAGCCUCAUCUGAUGGUCGCCAUCGGCGGUGGUGGCUACGUUCCCGCUCGUAUCCUUCGAUCCUUCCUCAAGAAGCCCGGCUCGCCCAACAUCCCCAUCCAGGCCAUCGGUCUGUCUCUCUACGAGGCCCUGGGCAACGAUACCCAGGUGGAGACUCUGGGUACUAAGGUUACCCGCACUCAGUGGCUUGACCUCAGCUCCCUGGGCGAGAUGGAGAACCUGAUCGGCAAGCGCGUCCUCAUCGUCGAUGAGGUCGACGAUACCCGCACUACCCUCGAGUACGCCGUCAAGGAGCUCGAGAAGGACGUCGAGCUCGCCCGCGAGCGCCUGGGGGGAAACCAGCCCAAGGCCGAGUUCAGCAUCUUUGUUCUGCACAACAAGGAUAAGCAGAAGAAGGGUGUUCUCCCCCACGACAUGGUCGCCGCCGGACGUUAUCUGGCUGCCCGUACUGUCGGAGACGAGUGGAUCUGCUACCCCUGGGAGGCCAUCGACAUCGAGGAGCAUGACAGGCUCGCCAAGGAGAACGGCGACACGAUCUAG